AAAUGUUUGACGAUGCCCACACAUACAUAACGAUGUCCUUAACCAAUCGAAAUCACCAUAUAUAUCCCUACGAAAAUCCCACCUCCUCUUCCUCACAUUGACGUCCACCUUCGGUCUCCAGCCAUCAUCCACCCGACCAUCAUUCAAUCGAAGAAGAAGAAAGAUCAAGUACCUCUCUUUUUUCUUCGAUCUCCAAACUUACCUAGGUUGUACGUCCAAUCUAUGCAUGCAUAUGCGUGCACAUUAAGUAAUUGAAGGGUUAAGUAGGUAAUACGUACUUGAUUCAAUUGCUAUCGCAACCUAGGUAGUCGUACCAUCGAAAUUUAUCAUAUAUUAUGCACCCCGGCCCCAAUCACCCUCCGCCGUACGUGAUGCUCCAAGAUCAAGGCCAUCCAGGUCCCCAUGGCCGCAAUCCUCCUCGCUUUAAUGGCCAAUACCGUCCCAAUGGGCACCGCAAAAGCAGUUGUCUGAGAUGCUACUGUUGUUGUUAUUGUUGCAUCUUCAUAACCCUAGUGGUGAUCAUUGCAGCCGUGGUCAUCAGCCUAAUAAUUAUCAAUCCCAGUGUGCCCAAAUACAGUAUUAAUGACUUCUCUGUCAAGGCAUUCAACGUCACCCCUGAUUUCAACCUCCACGCGCAAUUUAUGGUCACGGUAAAAGCUGUGAAUCCCAACAAAAAAAUCUCCAUUAUAUAUGAGAAGGGCAGCACCGUGCAGCUCAAGUAUUCCGGGAUGAAGCUUUGUACCGGGGUGGUCCCACAUUUUCGUCAACCGACGAGCAAUACAACCAUGAUCAACGUGGAUUUGAACGGAGACUUGAAAGGGAGUGACUUUCAGGGAUCCAUAGGGGAGUCACUUAUGAAGAAAAUCAAGAGUGGCAGGGUCCCUUUGACUGUUUCAGUUAGGGUACCGGUCAAUGUAGGGCUUGGGAAUUACAAUAUGUUGCUGAAUCCAAUCGGGAUUUACGUCGAUGCCUCCAUGGUUGUCAACAAUUUGUCCCAGCCAGAUAAGAAAGUACAGAUUUCAGACACUAAAUAUGACUUUAAUUUUGGAUUUAAGUUCAAAAAAUGAUAAUCCACAUGAAUGUCAUAACCUUGAUUUCAGAAAAAAUGUGCAAGGUAAAGCAUUAGGCAAGUUAUUUACUAGCUCGCUAGCUGCUUAAUUUCUGCUGAGGGAAGAUCGAUUAUAUGGUUAGUUAAUGUGUGGUUCUUGCACACAACAAAAUUUCCCUCCUUUUUCUUUCAAAUGUAGAUAAAUUGCAUAUCAAUUAAGAAAAUUUCAUGUUUAAAGAGUUUGUGUAAAGGGAGACUUUGGAUGUGGUCCCUAGCUUUAACCGAAA